GUUGCGGGUCGCCAGCCGCAGCAGUGGUUAUCACGGCUCGCGAGAUGCAGCCGCGGACGUAGCUGCUCGUUACUCCCAGAGAGCAGCCAUGACCCAUAGCUCGAGCGCUUGCGCAGUUCCGUGUGGACUGGUGGUAGUCAUAAUAGGCUCGAGGAGCCGUGACGGCUCGUCUGGCGAGGCUCUUUACUCUGGUUGAGACGCAACCGUCUGUUAAGACUCCGCUGAGCAGCCUCUUCGGCUCGAGGAGUGUCUCCGCAGCCGUCAGGCUCGGGGUAUUGCUAAUACAGGCAAUGGAAGUCCCACAGUCGGCCUUCGUGACUAUGGAGGAGCUAGUGGAAGAAGCAGCCGUGACUGAGGAGCAGGACAAGGUCCUGGACAGACUGAAAUUGGCAGCAGAAGAAUGGUUACCGACUGGUUGGAGAAAUUGGAAGGUAGUAAAUCUCUCCAAGGAAGAGAUUUUUGGGGAUGAGCUAGAUCCUCAAGUGCUUAACAAGCUAAGAUUUGCUUUGCCUACAGUGGCAAUUGCUCGGGCGUUUAACCCGUCGACUCAAGACCUACCAGAGAAACAGUAUCGGGACUUCAAGGUCGAAAUGUUGAACUGGGCUUUUUGCAGAGCUCUCAUCAUGAGUCCUCCAGCGGUGGUUAAUAAGAUUAAGGGUUCAGCGAGUCAGGCAGAAAUAUUUUUGCACGCUUUGAAGCCCUUAAAGGACCAGUUCAUUUCCCGUAAGCAAGCGGCAGACUUGUUAAGGCCCGAGGAAGAAACUUCGGAGGAGGAACAGAACGAAAAUGAACCUCUUGAUGGUGCUGCUGGUAAGAGAAGGAUUCCAAUGCCGAACAAUCCGGCCAAAAGAUCAAGGAUUGCGCAGUUAGAAGAAAGGAUGGAGAACAUGUUCCACGUCUUGUUAGAUAAAAUUGAAAACAAGAACGCUGAAAAUGAGUGGAGUGUUGGCAGCUCAGAGGAAUCGGAUGGUGAGAGUUUGUCGGACGGCGAUCCGACCAUCGAUCAGAUUGCCGAUGCAACAGCAUGGAAGGCACCCGAGUUGAUGCCGACCCAGGAAAAGCAACCAGUUAGUUUGGAAGCUCUGGCUUUAGUUCCUCAAGUUAAAGAAAGUGCUCCGGCAGUUCCACCUCCGGCUCCAGAAAUCAAAGCGCAGGGCUUAGAGUGCCAAAAGCUGGGUACUGCAAGCUGGAACAGGAUUAGGUACAAGGAUGUUCAGAAAAAGCUUCAAGCCUCGCCGGUAUUCGACGCUCUCAAAGUAAAUAGCCAAUUGGAGAGUCUUGCACCUAAGUCCUUUGCCAAUUCAAUGUUGGAAAGAGCGGAAGAAAUGGCAGGAACGAUCACUCAUGGCCUACUGAAACAGCGUCAGAAGCUCUCUGAGGGGAUGCAGAGGAUAGCGCAAAAGUACCCCGAAGCUUUUGAUGAAAUUAAAAACAACUUUUUAGGUGACUCGGCCUUCAAGGAGAUUUCCGACGACCUGCUUCAUUACACAUGCGCGAGGCGAGCAGAAUUGAUUGAGUUGAGGAGAAAGUCAUACAAACCUAAGGAUCAUCAUCUAGCGGCGAAGCUGGCUGAGAUUCCUCCCUCUGAGUCUCACCUGUUCGAUGAGGAAGCUUUGUCAAAAUUCUUUGAUCAGCGAGGUGGCUUUCACAGAGUUUUUUACCAACGACCCCAGAGCUUUGCCCCGAAAGCUGCAAAAGGGGGAAACUUUCGUAGCUCCAAACCCCAGCCAAGUCGCGGCCCAAGUAACUCGGCUCAGCCACGAGAACAAAAAAGCAGCUCGCACAAAUCGUCAUCCUCAGCGAAUUCGUCCUCCUUUCGAAAGCCAAGCACCAGAGACUUCAGAAAGUCCUCUGCAAGAACCGGUUCAGCUGGUAAGGACAGGCCCAGGAGAUUAUGACUAUCCGUUUUGCGGGGGUCAGCUAAAAAACUACGUCAACCAAUGGGCACAAAUGGGGGCUCCGGAUUACAUCUUGGAAAUGU